UCAAUGCACGUUGAAUACACAAAGUCAAAAAUAGAUUAUCAAUAACAGUUGACGAGUAGUGUAUUGGUGAACGGUCUAUUAUUUUUGUGGUAGUGAUUUUACCGUUAGUAAUUAAUGGUCGUUGGAUUUAAAAAAAUAACUGUUAUAUAAGACAUUUUUUGUUCGUUAAAUAUUUAAUCGAAUAAAGCUCAGAUAAAAGGUAACCACGAUUUUCACGAGAAUGUCAGAACCCGAGCAUGUAGACAGUAGUUCUGAAGUACUUCUUAGAGGAGGAACCAAACCUAAUAAUUUAAAUAAUUUUUCGAACGGUAGAUCAACUGGUGCCAUGGAAAAAUAUUCGUUAGACUAUCAAAAUUUGGAAAUGGAAUGUAUAAGACUUCGGAAAUACUUGUUUGGAUUGACGGCAGUGGUUGUUGCCGGAGGGCUUAUUUUAGUGGUCACAAUUUCUGUACUUUUUGGAAAACUCAGCCAUGAUUUGGUCAAUCAUUCACAUCAGCCAAAAGUGGGAGAACAAAUCGCUAAAAUUCUCGAAACAGAAGAACUGUGUGUUCCUUGUGACAGUGUUAGACUAGGGCCUUCAGAAGACGAAGAUAGGAUGCUGGACGCUUUUAUUCGCAGAAGUAAACCCACCGGUGAAGAAUGUUGUGUUGAAAAACCAAAACAACUCUUAGCUGUCUUAGAACUGUUUAUUGAGAAGAGACUUCGAGAAGAAAUGGCUAGAGGUACAAUUCGGCCAGCUCAUCAGUCAACUCACUCGAAAAAUGUUACUUAUGCUGCACAUCUGAUGGGAUAUAAUCGUAGAAAUGAACAACCCGGAGUGCCUGGAAAUCAGUUUAGUAUUCCAAAGUGGAUCUACAGAGAAGACUUGGCGUUUACUAAUGCUGUAGACUAUCGCAAUGGCCGACUAGUAGUUCCUGAGGAUGGAUUAUAUUAUGUCUACUCUCAUGUAUCGUUUGCAGAAAAUUUUGGACACAGUAGUUCCCUUGAUGCUAGAUCAAACUCAAAUAGCCUUUCUCAUUAUCUUUAUAGAUAUAAUAUUAUAUAUCGUAACGGCGGCGAAGAACUACUGCUGAUGAACUCGUUAACCAAAUGUUGGGAUGAAAAUAAACAGUUCGGUGAAUAUUCCAGCUAUUUAGGUGCUUUGUUCAAAUUAAGAAGAGGAGAUGAACUUUUUGUGAAAGUGUCAAAUUUGACAAUAAUUGCCACAAACCAUAAAAUUAAUACAUUCGGAUUUUUCCGAGUAGGGGACUUUCUUUGAAAGGGGGAAAUUUUAUAAAAGGAUAAAUCCGUUCCAAUUUUUGCAUUUAAGAUGUGUUCAGUAAAGUGGACAAAUAGAAUUUGAUGACAUCAAUUAUUUCCCCCUAAAAAUGAGAUCAUUAAAAUAUAUGCCUAGAUGUCAUAGGAGGUUAAGGAUUAAAAUAUAUGCCUAGAUGUCAUAGGAGGUUAAGGAAACUGCAUAAUAGGCAGUUUGUAAGGUUUAUACUCAUGAAAAAAAAAUCAGUGCUAAAAUGUAGGCAAAGUUAGAUAGUUAAUGAUCAGUUUGAAAACUGCAGAUAUUUGUAUUUCAGACAGAGUACAUUUUUUAAAUGUACUUACAGAGCUUGGGUUUCCCAAGAAAUACGUUUUGCUUGAUAUUGGUAUUUGUUUUGUUUAGUAUAGAAUGUCAUUUAAAAUGACAACUCGUUUCCUAAAAAUACAUUCCAAUAAUAUCCCCAAGAGAAGUAUACAGGUUUUCAGAAUAAGAAUAAUUAAUUUUAAUAUCAAACAUUAUUUUUUUUAGGAUUUUUUCCUUAUGGCCAUUUUUUUCAACGGUAUCAUGAAUAAAUUGCAAUAUUUGAAGUAAACAUACAUUAGCUAUAUUGUGAGAAUGUGAAAUAUUUAUAUUUAAUAUCAUUAGAAACUACAACUUUCCUAUUAUUCAUGUCAGACAUUCAUUGUUUUCCGGACCAGGAAUUUUCCCUUCAAAUCUUUUAACCACAUGAUUGAUAUGUUUAAAAGUUGUUUUUUAAAGAUGAUGUCUUAUUUUGAUUUUUGUAUUGUGAAUUAACAGUUAAGGUAUUAAAGAUAAAUACAUAUUUUUAGAAGAACAAUAAGACCAUUGUCAAGUAGAUAAAGCCUAUUUCUGUUUGAGAUAUAAGACUUUUACUUUUCUUGGACUAUACAUGCAUAUAUAUUGUGAUUGUAAAUAUUUUUGUUAAAGUGCUUUAUACGAAUGAAAGAUGGGAAAUAUAAGAUACAUUGUUUUUUUUAAACAAAAUACAUACAGUAGUAUGUUAUAUGUAUAGAUAUGUGUGUAAUCCAUUGUCCAACAAGCAUGCUCAGAUGUGCAAUUAACAUUUUCUUAUGAACUUGUAUGAAAGAAUAAAUAUUAAAGUUCAUUAUAUGUGUCAAUAUAAUAUUUAAUCCUUUACUUGUUUGUUUUUACAUUUCAACAGCGUUAUAAUUAGUAACUAAGUUUAUUUAGUGUCCGUCCAGUGAUAGUGCUAAGACAUGUUGUCUCAUUUGAUAUACCCUAGAUUUGCAUUGAUAACAAGUCAAUGGAUAAUUUUAAACUGUUAGGGAGAUAAAGAUUGUUUGAUUUAUAAAUCUUAAGUUAUAAGAAUGUUUUUCAAUUUAAUAUUUCCCAAGAAUGCAAGUUAUGCAAUCGUUUUUUUUAGCAAAUUUAUUCUAUUUAUAUAUUAUUCUGCAAACUAUUGAAAUAGAUAAAGUGAUAUUGCAGAAUUAAUAGCACAAAAAAAAAUCAUUUGUUUUAAUGUUGAUUGUUAUAUCACCUCAACUCUAUCAGUAAUAUCAUAAAUUUAAGAUGUCACUUUUGUACUCUCAUGUUUAGUUCUUGUAACGAGCUGUUUUUAAAGAACAGGUACAUAAAGUUGUUCGAUUUUAUAUCUCAUACAGCGAAAAACUGGAUCUUUUUUUAAACUGUUAAAAGAACUAUUUGCUCAUUUAUUCAGAAAUUUAUUGAUAUGUUUUAUAUUUUGGAAAAAAACUGCAUUAUUAAUUUAAUAGCUGAUCUAUUUUACACUCUUUGUACCAAAAUUUCAGAAGAAAAAUGUUCAAUAUUUAUAUAUCUUUAUGGCAUUGUCAGUUUAUCUUCGACUUGUUAAUUUGAAUGUCAAUUUUAGUUUUCUAUUGCAUCUGUCUGAUAGAUAGAAGUUUCUGCUGUCCAAAAUUGCAGUAAGCAGUCCAAAUCUUGUCUUAAUUUAUUUCAGUAAGAAGGAGUUUGUACUUUAAAAUAAUGUUAUCAGUAAAAGUCAUUUCUUACCACAUGUAGUUGAAUAUAUAUUUUAUGAUACAAAGAUGUUGAAAGUCUGUGACAAAAACUAAAUUAUAUUGAUUUGCCAUACAUAUAUUCAGUACAUUUACUUUCCUUGCAUACAAAUGUAUCAUAUUUAUAACUUUAUCUUAAAAAGAAUGAUCAUUUAUAUACAUGUAUUUUGUAAAUCAUUAUGAAGGCGCCGGGCCAUUCAUUGUAUGCUUCAACUGGACCUGUUUGAAAUAUGUAUAAAUAUGUAUAAAUGAUAUCGACUUUAAAAGUCGCAACUGUGAGAAUGAAUGUAUGACUGGAUUACAUGUAUAUUUCAAAUAUUUUUGUAUGAAAUAAAUCGUGUUCAUUAUGUA